GCAGCAGCAGCAGCAGCAGCAACAGCAGCAACAGCAACAGCCGUUGCCGCAGCAGCAGCGCCGCAAAGCUGCUGGACUACAGGAGCGUCCAGCUGGCAGUCAGGUGAGCAGCCGCAGCAAGGCGCCAGCUGCUGCCUCCAAGCAAAGCUCAGCUCCGAGCAAGCCCUGGAUAAAUAGCACGAGCAUUGCCGUUGUGCCGCCAAGUCGCCAGACCAACACCAUAAACAACAGCAACAAGAGCAAUGCCAGAGCCAAGAAGCACCCUCGCUGCACCUCCGCCAGGGAGAUGCAUCGCGAUGUGCCGCGGCCGCCAGUGACGCCGCCGCCAGCGACGUCGCGUGUGGCCUUUGGACGCAGCUGCCCCGGUGGGUCGUCGACCAUAACCAUGACGCAGACGACAAUGACAACACUGACGCGUCGCGGCGGCGGCAACUCUGGAGGCAGCGGCAAACAGAGAUGCCGCCAGGACACGCCCAGGCCGAAGCCGAUGCAGGCGGCGCACGAUCAGCUGGAGCUGCUGCUGACGCGCAUCGAGCAGGACACGGUGGCGCCGACGGCACGACGACGCAAGCCGGCCCCGGCGAAGACCGUGCGCCGUCAAAUGGAGAAUCCGCCGCCAGUGCCGACAGUGACGCCGAUGGGCAGCGCCCGAGGCCAGGACCUGAACCAAACGCCGCGACCCAGCAAGCGCGUUGCCCAUCACAGAACCCCCAACCUGGACGUGGCCGGCGGCCAUGCCGGGGAUGGCUUCGUCCCGCUUACCCAGAAUCCCCAAAUGCUGGCGCCCGGGAAGCGCGAGGCCCUGCUCGAGUUGCUGUCGCGCAGCGAGCCCCAGGACCAGGAGAUCGUCGAUGCCUUGCGCAGCGAGAUCAGCUUUAUCGGCGACCCCUCCACAGACGCCAUGCGUCUCACUCUCCAGAUGCUGUGAGUAUGCAAAAAAAACACACACACACAAA